AUAUAAACGAUAAAUCAGCACGAGCCCUUGUCUUGAUAGAUCCCUAGUACAUUUAGAUCUCCAGCUUCAGGCGGAUCCUCGACCGAAACGUGCUGGCGUUCCACGGAAAUAUUCAACCGGUGCGUGGCAGCGUUUCAUCCCACUACAGCGACCAUCUACUUCCUUCGAAGUUUAUCUUGAUAAAUAGUACGUACUAGCACUCCACUUGUUACAACAGCUCCUGGCGUACUACACAUUUUUAGUAUUUCGUUGGCCACCUCGGCGUAGCUUUAUUCUGAAGAUGGUUUCGUAGAAUAGCAGCUUAGAAGAUUUAGUAGAAAAAGCCUCAUCUUCAAACUAGAGAUGGCCGCAACCGCCCUUAGUACAGGCGCCGGAGCUCCGGCAGCUACAGCAUCUUCCACGACCGAUAAGGAAAUCCACUACAUCCCUUACCGCGGCGAAGACGACCUGUCUGAGUUGAUUGCGCUGAUCGAGAAAGACCUUUCGGAGCCCUACAGUGUGUUCACCUACCGCUUUUUUGUCAACAACUGGCCCGAGUUGUGCUUUCUCGCGGUGGUUUUGAACGAGGAGAACGAGAAGACCACCGACGGCGAAAUCGAUACAAACACGACGAAUCCGGACCCUAGUAGUAGUACUGCAACUACUCCGAAAGUAAAUGCGACGACAUCUACUUCACUCGAAGAAAAGCUGCAGUCCCGGCAACACACGCAAAUCGUCGGCGGCAUCGUGUGCAAGCUGGAGGAACACAAGUCGCACUGGUUCCCGAGUUUGCGUGGGUAUAUUGGAAUGAUCGCGGUGGAUACGAACUUUCGGAGAAAGGGCAUCGCAAAGACGUUGGUCCAGCUCUCGUUGAACAAAAUGGAGGAAAGGGGCGCCCACGAGUGCAUUCUGGAGACGGAGCUGACAAAUUUGGGCGCGAGAAAACUGUACCAGGACUGCGGGUUUGUGAAGCACAAGCGGCUGCCAGCGUACUACCUGAAUGGCGUGGACGCGUUUCGGCUGAAGUACGCCUUUCCGCCGCCCGAAAUCCGCUCGCAGGUGCAGGAGUUGCUGAAGGCGGAAAGGGGACCUGGGUACGUCGUAGCGGAUGAUUCUACCACAACUACCGGGGCUGGUGGCGACGAAGAUACGGAGAACCAGAACCAGAUUGAGACGUAUAACAACGCGGUAGAGGGAGGUGGAGCCAAAAAUACCCGCACUGGGAAUAAUAGAAGGAGAAGAUAACAAGAAGAGCCACAAUAUCAAUAAAGGCAGGAUGCUGUGGGACGAGAACGAGAAAAUAUUUCUUGGUUUCCGUGGUGGAGCUGCUCACUUGACUGGUAUCAAGCGUAUCUGCACACGACAAGCGACAAUUGCGACUUUAACUUUGUCAUAUUGGGCUGCCAAAUGUCUUAUUUGAUGAGCGACGGCGACCGAAAGGUUAAUGUGCGCAAAUAAUGGAAGUAGAUUUAGACCCGAGACUUCGUUCUAGAAGAUAGUCAAAUCGUUGAACGACCACUGCCGCGCCACUCUGUCCCUAUUCGUUUCGUCGCGAGCAGCUUUUAUGAAAAAUUGGGUCGUCUACUUCUUCCUCUUCGUGAUGUGUUCUCC